UGACCAUGAGUGUUAUAUCUCUCGUGUCUGGCCGCGCGGUAACAGGCCUAAAAACGUAUUUCGCAAGAGAAAUUGUCAAUAAUUCUUUAGCUUUCACUGCGGUAAGACAUUUUUCUGUAACUCAAAGUAGAAACAUGAAGUUAAUACAGUUUUCUUAUAAAAGCAACCCUAAUGAAAUCAGAGCUGGAUAUGUGGACGGUGAUAAAGUUGUGGACAUAAACAAGGCUGAUUCUACAUUGCCGGUUACGCUUUUAGAGAUAUUGAAACGUGAUGGUAUUGAGAAAGUUAAGCAACUCAAAUCAAAGUCUCCAGCCACCAUACCUUUCAGCGACGUGACGUUGCAAGCGCCAAUCACAGGCAUGGAUAAAGUUUUAUGCAUCGGUUUGAACUACAAAGAUCAUUGCGAGGAACAGAAGUUGACACCUCCUGCAGUGCCAAUGAUAUUCGGCAAGUUUGCCAGCUGCGUUGUCGGACCUUGUGAUGCAGUAAAGUUAAGGACGAAUGUUACACGGAAAGUGGACUGGGAAGUGGAACUAUGCUUAGUUAUCGGCAAAACAGCGAGUAACGUAAAGGCGGCUAAUGCAAAAGACUACAUCCUCGGGGCUACAGUUGCACAAGACAUCAGUGCCAGAGACUGGCAGAAAGAGAAGAACGGUGGACAAUUUCUGCUUGGCAAGGCUAUGGAUACCUUCUGCCCAAUUGGUCCCUGGAUCGUGACGUCAGACGAACUUGGUGACCCUGAAACGUUGAACAUACAAUGCAGUGUCAAUGGAACUCUAAAACAGAAGAGCAACACUAAUCAACUGGUACAUAAAAUACCUGAUGUUAUUGAGAGGAUUUCUUCGUUAAUGACAUUACUCCCAGGUGAUAUUCUACUUACCGGUACUCCAGGUGGAGUGGGCAUGUACCGCAGUCCACCAGAGUACCUCAAGCCCGGUGACGUCAUCGCCAGUGAGAUUCAGAAGAUUGGCUUGCUCGAAACUAGAGUUGAAGAAUUUUAAUAAAAAUCAAGUUACAAUCGGCUAAUAACUAGGAAUACUAGUGUAUCUUAAGUAACAAAGAUUAAGAGUGAGGCCAGACGAGCGUAAUUUUGUGACUUGGCAGUCGCGUUUUUUGAGUCGCUUAAUUUACUCUCGUCUGAUCUCACCCUAAGGGGUUUUUUACCGAUAUUAUUAUUACAUAUAUUACAUUCUUCAUACUCUAGAGAAAGAUGAAUGAAACAACUUCGAUGUAGCGUCUGUGAAGAGGCGACGAAGAAGACAUUCUCAGGAAACUAUGAUAUUACGAGUGGCACAUCUGGAAUGAUAAGCAGACGCCCUAAAUACUUUCUAUAACGUUUAUUAAAAAAAGCAAAUUACAAUUUGACAUAUGAGAAGAAAAGGAUUUUUUUUGGAUGAAAAGUACUAUUAUUUUUUACCUGUAGUAACACUAGGAACAGCCAGUUAGAUUUGCACCAUUUAUAGACCUUACAGACCGUGCAUCUAUAAUAGAAAAACUUACAUCAUUGACAUGGCUCUGUAGUCUACAAGGAUCCCUUAUUAAUAUUAUUCUUAAGGGCAUUGGAGCGUAAUGUUAGGCCCUGAAAUUGCGUUCAGGAUCGUACAAAAUCUUAUCAGCUUUUAUAUUCUAGGGAAAAUAUCAAUUCAAGGUCAAUUUUGACGUAUGUUCUUAUACCUUUCUAUAACUUAUUUAAGAAAUAAAAAUCUUGUAAUAUACAUAAAAUUUUUAUAUCAAAAGCAAUAAUCUUGUGAGUGGAAGGAACAAAAUAAUGUACAAAGAAAAACGUACGUAUUGUCAUUGAAUUAAGGUCUUUUUAAUUUUUUCGAAUGCAUUUAUUUUAUUUUGUUAUUUUAUGUCAAAAGUAAAUUACAAUCAAUG